AUGUUUGGAGGCCCAGGAGCCCUUCGGGGCCGAGUAGAGGAGCUCAAGCAGCCCUGGUGGAGAGAAGCCCUACCCCUGGUCCUGAAGCACAGUGAAGCUGCCCGGCUGGCUGCAGAUGCCCUCCUGGAACAUGGUGAGGCCGCCUAUCUUCGAGUCAUUGCUGAGGAGCGUGAGCUGCCCUUCCUUUCUGCCCUGGACCUUAACUACAUGACCCAACAUGCUCGUGGAGGCCCCGAGAUUGGUGAGAGUGGAAAUAAAGAUGGCAAGGCAGGUCCCCAGACCUCUGGCACCACUGACCGGCUCAGCCUCAUCUCUCAGGCCACCUCUGGCACCUACUUCCCAGCAGCAACAGAUGCUGAACCACCUGCCCUGGACCUGGGCUGGCCUGAAGUACCCCAGGCCACAGGCUUCAGCCCCACACAAGCUGUUGUCCACUUCCAGAGAGACAAGGCCAAGAACAUCAAAGACUUACUACGCUUCCUCUUCAGCCAAGCCCGAACGGUUGUGGCUGUGGUAAUGGAUGUGUUCACAGACAUGGAGCUUCUCUGUGAUUUGAUGGAGGCUUCAGGACGUCGGGCUGUGCCUGUUUACCUGCUACUGGCUCAGGACAACUUGCACCAUUUCCUGGAGAUGUGCUACAAGAUGGAUCUCACAGGGGGCCACCUGCCGAACAUGCGUGUGCGGAGCAUUUGUGGGGAUACCUACUGCAGCAAGGCAGGACGACGCUUCACAGGCCAGGCGCUGGAAAAAUUUGUCAUCAUUGACUGUGAGCAGGUGGUGGCUGGGAGCUACAGCUUCACAUGGCUCUGCAGCCAGGUCCACACCAGCCUCGUGCUGCAGCUUCGGGGACGCAUUGUUGAGGACUUCGACCGAGAGUUCCGCUGCAUGUUUGCUGAGUCUCAGGCUGUGGAGGGCUUCUCUGGAGGGGAGGAAGAUGUCUUGGCUCCUCGGGCUCCCCGCCCACCGCUACCUGUCCUGGCUUUUGAGUCCGGCCUCCCUAGUUCACCAUCUACCUCACCAACUGGCCCUAGCCUUGGCAGUGUCAAAUGUUCCCCCCUCACAAGCUCUUCUUACUGUGGGCUGCCUGGAGGUGGCGGUGCCAUUGGCUUCAAUGGUCUUAUGGCUUCUGGUUCCCCUGGUCUUGGUCGACGUCAAGCCAGUGGCCCCUUUCCUCUGCACCGGCGAUUGUCAGACCCCAACCACAACCCAAACACAGCCUAUCGACCCAGCCUAGGCACACUGGGAACAGCUCCUUGGGCUCAGUCAUCACCAGCCCUCAAUCAGGAAGGACUAGGGCUGGGGCUUGGGCUGGGGGUAGGACCAGUAACAGGACCAGGGUUAGGGAACCCUCUGUUUUCUCGCCAGCUCCACCUUGUGCCCCUUCCUCGACUUCCAGAGAAUGGGCUCGCCCAUAGCCAGGAGCCCAGCCUAUCCAGGGGCCUCUGUGGAAUGCCUACACUAGCCCCAGAAACAAGUCAGAAGCCAUUACAGGAGAGGAAGCCAUCCCCUCCCAGCCACAACUAUGGACGACUAGACCUCCUCCCCAGGGGUUCUCAGACACCUGGUUCUGGGAACCCAGGCUCUGGGGAUCAUGCCAAGGUCAGGGAGCAGUCUGUGGAUCAGAGGCGGUCAACUUUGGGUCAGCUGGACCUUGUGGCUAAAUAUAGUCCAUUCCGGAUAGAGGGGACAGGGCCAGUUAGGACCUCUACCCCAGAUUCCAUGGGCAGGGCCAAGGUAGCCUCUGAAGAUGAGAAACGGCUUACCCUGGGCCACAGCAAGUUAGACCUCAUCACCAAAUAUCACAGGCUACAGGGGAUAAAAAGGAACCCAGACCCAGGUGUCCCUGGCAUCCCAAGUGUUCCUAACCCACGGGAAUCUGUUGUUUCUGGUGUACCUAUUGUCCCUAACCCACAGGAGCCCAGUGUCUCCAGUGUUCCUGGUCCUCAACCAUCCUGCAUCCCUGCUGGUACCCGGAAUCAUACUCCUGGGGAUGAGAAACGUUUGACUUUGGGUCACAGCAAGCUGGAUCUCAUCACUAAAUAUAACAAGUCCAAGUUCAGACUAAUACGAAGCCGCUUUGAGACCUAA